AUGACGACCGACUCUCGUAUUCUUCUCAUCGGCAAAGAGGGAUCGGGAAGGGAUGCACUUUGCACUCGACUCAGGACAGGACGAUACAUAACCCCUCCUCCUAUGACAGAAUAUGACCCUACUCUCAUGGAACCAAUGACCAAAUGGGAAAGCAUUAUCGAUGGCAACAAAUGUACCAUCGAAGCCAUCAUUGCUGGCACAGGAGAUCUCGACGACCAUUUCGUAAAAGGCACUCUGCUCGGGCGGGGUAUUCACGGCGCGGUUGUGACAUGGGAUGUCACGUUACGAGAACAGUUCGCCUCUAUCGAGGACCAGGUCUUGGAAGUCAAGAAACUAGGCACGGAACACUUGCCAGGGGGAGUGGUUUAUCCAGUUGUAGUGGCGUUCACGAAGAUGGAUCUUAUUGAUGGGAAUGACAGUAUUGGAAUGGGGGACGACUUCGUGGCAAAACUGGGCUUGACAGGAUAUUUCAACACAAGUGCUGUGAGUGGCGAUGGCGUUGACGAGCCAUUUUCAAGUGUGGUAAGGGAGGUAUGGAGGAGAGACGGGUAUCCGGCCAGAGAGGAAGUGCCUAUCCCAGUAUCUCGUAAGGGGAGGGAAGAUGUACCGCCAACCAAAGGCGAUUGGUCUGUCAACUUGAAGGCAAAGCUUCGCAAAAUACUAUCUUGA